UUGAGGGCGCACUAUCGGAAACAUGUGUAUGGUUAUAUGUACGCACGAUUACAAUACUACAGUGUAGCAGCCGAAUGUGCCAGAGUACCCUGCACCACCAGUACCUUCAAGAAUGGACCUAGUCUCUUCCAUCAAGCGAUCCAGUCUGGUCCACAUCUGGUUCUGCUGCGUCUUUGUGCUCAGCGCUCUCAUCGUGACGACAUGCCAGUGCUUUACGCUGCUACUAUGGCCAAUCAGCAAGAGGUUAUACCGAGAGGCAAAUGGUCUCAUCAUCACCAUGAUGUGGCAUGAGCUCCUGUGGCUGAUAGACUACUGGUCCGGGUCAGAGGUCCAUGUUUAUAUCAAGGAUGAGGAGCUGGAGCUGAUCGGAAAGGAACAUGUAGUCCUGAUCCUGAAUCACAGACAAGAUGUAGACUGGCUAGUUACCUGGCAGGUAGCAGAGAGGUGUAAUGUGCUAAGGGGGGCCAAGAGUCUAAUGAAGAAUGAACUGAAGUAUGUGCCUUUCUUUGGCUGGUCUUUCUACCUCACCGAGCAGCUUUUUGUCAACAGAGAUUACACAAGGGACAAAUCAUCUCUUGUGAAACAUUUUGAGAACAUCACCACAUUCCACUAUCCUUGUGUGACACUCAUAUUCUGCGAAGGAACUCGGUACACAGAGGAGAAGUACAAGAAGAGCCAGGCGUUUGCUAAAGAGAAGGGACUCCCAGGCUUAAAACAUCACCUCAUGCCGCGUACAAAAGGCUUCAAUCUCUGUAUGCAGACUUACAAAGGAAAAGUUCCAUAUAUUAUAGAUGCUACAAUAGCUUAUAAAGAUGGUGCUGUGUCUACACUUUAUGACCUGCUCUGUGGAAAGAAGUUCGAAUACCACAUAUAUAUGAGAGCAUUACCCCUUGAUGAGGUACCGACCGAUACAGAAGAAGCAACUGCAGAGUAUUGUCAUGAACUCUAUAGGAAAAAGGACGAGACAUUCCAGUACUUCCUAGACCACAACACCUUUGAGGGAUACGAUGCGGAGAGGGGGCAUAGCUUCUUACCCCCUACACCCACUCCUAAGUAUGUGAUGUCCUUCUGGUUCUUGGUGUUGGGGGUUCCCCUCAUAUACUAUGCCUUCGUCACGCUCCUAUCAGGCUCAACUCUUCUCAUCCUUCUGGUGGUCGGCGCCCUCUAUGCAGUGUUCACCUACACCAAGUCCAUUAUGAAUGUCACGGUAUCAUCCAGAGGUUCUACUUAUGGCAGCAUCAAGAGCAAUGGGAGUCAGGGGGUUAAGAAUGGCUCAGUGGAUACCAACAGUUCAGAGGUAACGGCAGGGGAGAAGAAGGAGGAUUAACCCUUCAUCUCCCACAAGAACAGAAAUAAAAUACACAGGACCAAGGAGCAAAAUAGAGCUAUAAUGGAAAACUUGAGAAGAGCUCUGGUAGAAAAUAAUGACAUACAUUACAAUCAUUGGGAGACAAAUCCACAAAGAACUCUCAUGAACAAAGAAGAAUUUUUUAAUCGGCCGAGUGACGAGAGCCAGAGGAAACCGAUGGAUUAUAGAACACAUGCAACGGCAACAAUUGCUCUGUGCUCAAUGUCCCACACCAAUCAGAUUCCUAACUUCUUUAAAAUUUAAAUUGGCUAAAUCAGUAAAGCCAAUGUCCCAACACAUAAAAUGACUAGCAUGCCAUUUUUGGAAAAAUGAAUGACUUGGAAGGGCCUUUUUUUCUGUAGACGACGUAUGAUAAUACUAAUAACAAAGGUUGGAUUGCCAUUUAGAAACAUAGAGUUGCCUAUUUCUAUGUGUGUUACGCCAUAAUUCGCUGACAUGGGUUUGGUUGAAUUACCAUAGUAUGUGUGUAGAUGUCCCCCAGGCAUGGGACACUGAAACUACUCUAGAUUGCCUUCAAGUUUGGUGUUAGGGAAUUUUAUAAUGAUGAGCUUUUACCUAUGGUUUACUGUUUGGGUGCACUAACUGAUACUAAUUGAACCCAGUAGCUCAGGCUAUGGUUCUAUUGAUUGUUUACUAUAAUCAAACUGUAUUCAACAGGUUUAUAAAUAUUAUUCAUUAUUAAAUAUAUUAUCAAGGUCUUUCCAUAUUUUUCUGUUGUAAUUAAGUGUGAAAAUUAAUAAUAAUGUAUAGUACUUUUUUUUAAAACUUAAUGAUCGAGUUUUGAUCUUUGUACUAAUCUUAAAAAAUAUGUUUGAAAAUAAUAUUUAUCCACUUGUAACAAAAUGUUUUUAACCAAUAUUAUGUCACCAAGUUUACACAAUUUUAUCAAGAUUUAUAGAGAGGGAGGCAAGUUUUGAAUUCUUUUUUUUAUUUGUUCAUUUUGUGCAACAUAAUCCUAUGCAUACCCACUUAUUGCUGUGUGUUGAGAAGCAGAUGCAGAAGUGUGAAGCGUACGGCGCUCACAUCAUUAUUAACAAAACCAACAACAACAAAGAACAUGCCACGGCUUAUUGCAUCAUAUUUAUACAAGCCUAUGAUUGGAUACAAAGAGUAUGUACAAUAUAAAUGCAUUCCAAUAUUGUUCAGAAUUGUGUAUUGAAUUAACAUUUUUAGUAUGAUGUUAAGAAAUACAUGGUGAGAUGUGACAGUGUAAUACAUGAAAGCCACCUUGCAAUUUGGGCAUCUUGAAGAAAAAGUAAACAGUAAGUAAAAUGUGUAUUUUAUGAAAUCAAAUUUGUCUUUUAAUGUGUCUGUUAUGCAAUAAGUAAUGAAUAUUGAGUGUCAUAGAAUAUAGAAGGAAAAAAUACUGAUGA